AAGGGAUUUUCUAGUAUCACUAGUCUGGGGUUUGGGAACGUUUGAAUGUAUCGUAUCGUAACCGUUUUGGAAAAGUUGAAGUCGUAUCAAAUUUUGUCAUAAAACAUUUUGAAAUAAAACAUCGCAAAUUCAUUGAUAACUAAAGUUUUUUGUAAUAUCACUCCCACGAGACCCAACAACUAUUGUUCUUGAGAAAAUAGGUUUAAUGUUUUUAGUUUUUAUAGUUCAAUUAUUUGAAUGAAGUCACUUCAUACAUUGAUGCGUCUAUGCCCUUAGUAGAUCACGUAAACGGUGUCGGUUGCAGCCAGUUGCAGCUCAAUUUGAAAUGUCUGUUGAUUGUUUGUUGUUCCUUCUGAAUAUUAAAAAACGAUACGUUUAUCGUUAAACUUAUUCGGGUUUUAACGUGAAACGCGACAAUCGUCAUGAACAAGAAAAUGCAAUGUCAAUCACAACCUGGUACUUGAUUUCAUUUUAUAAUAACGCUGCUUAAAGUAGAGCAAAUGCUUUUUUAGGCUACUAAUAUGAUAGCCUGAUACUAAUUUCCUUAUUACUUGUUAAUGAAUUAUCAAUAAAUAUGGGUUUGGCACGAUAUACGAUAUACCUUGAUGACUACACUGUGUUAGUGUUGGCCGGAGUUUGCCGGUAUUCGUAAGGUUUAAAUUAUUAAGAAUAUUAUAAUGGAUCAGGCAAGGUAUGUUUCUUGCAUCAAACUCAAUGGCAUUCCAAUUCUUCCACCACUGAUGACUGAAGAUAUUAGAAUGGAAAUGAAUUAUUAUAAGCAGUUAGCAAUGGCAGUGGAAGAGAAAUUAAAAACAUUGCAAAUUGCCAAAGAAGCUGAGACUGAUAAAUGCAAAGGUGAUGUUCCAAGAGAUUAUAAGAAAUAUACAGAGGACAGAAGUAACUCCACAGAAUCUGCUGCCAAUGAUUCUAUAAAUAUUGAAUCAGAGGGUAACUCUGUUGAUACGACACCCAAUACUAUAACUGUCAUUGAUUUUCCAAUGAAUGAAGAAAAGAAACCUGAUGAGAGAAAUAAUUUUGAAAGUACAGACGUAAGCAUUACUGAAUCUGUAUUGGAAACAAUUGGUCGUCAAUGGAAAUCAAUAUCCGACGACGAAACCGUUUCAUGUCCCAACGAAGCCCAACUAAUUGGUAGUAUAAGUUCUGAUACCGUUACUGCGAGCACGGACUUGAAUCACUAUUUAAAUGAAACAAUAUCGACCAGACCUAACACUGCCGAAACAACACCCGAGACUUGGAAACCACAAGUGCCUAAAACUUUGGAUAUUGUACCAAUAACUGUAGAUGCACCACAUCCAUUGGAAAGUAAAUCGGUGUUAGAAAACACUGAGGCAAUUCAUGUGGAGGAGUCCACAUUGGAAACUCCGAAAUUGGUUCGACAAGGCUCUUAUGUUUUGGAAACUCCAAGUCCAAUGCUGUUAGCACAUUUGCAGACAGAAUUAGCGAACACGACCUACGUUCCCACAAUGACACAUAAUACAAUAAAGCGUAAAGAGUGGAAUAUCACCCAAGCUAAAACGGAGUGGGAGAAUCAAAUUAAAAACAACCAAUUCAUUGUUUCGGAUAACUCAAGACAUGAAGCAGGAUCCAGGCAAAGAAGAAACAGUAUAUCAAAUACCAAUAGUCAAAGAACAUGUAAGUCUGUUGUUCAUACAAAAGGUCGUCCUCCUCUUGGCAUUCGUCAAAGUACAAGAUCAGUCGAUUGUAUCCAAACUAUGCUUGCAAAGGAAUAUCGAACUCGAGGUACCAAUAAUAAAAAUAAUUAUGGUCAACGUUGCACUCCUAAUGCAUGUAGUGCUGUGAAAAAUUACAAUAGAUGGAAAACCAAUAAAAAUGUAUCGAUAUUAAAUCUGGCUAAUAAAUUAGGAGGAUCAUUAGGAAGUCUUAGCAGCGUGAACACGCAACCAUACAGAUGCAUCGACAAGGAACAUGCGGAAGAUGUUCAACAAAAUAAAAACUUCCAUGAGGGCUCUAUAACGGAUAGCGAAACACAGAAUUCGAAAAGCCCGUUGAAAUCUGUGGUAACGUCUGAAAAGUUGCUAACUAUUUUUAAGGAAAUACAAAGUGCACACGAAAAACAAAUGGCAGAUCUUAUGGAGAGACAGCGAAGAGAACAAUCCAAUAUGCAAAAAGAAUUUGAGAGGCAACAAAUACUUUUGCUGACACAGAUUAAGAAAACGUUUCCUGGAAUCUCAAUGACUGUACUCCCGGAGUCGAAUUCGAAUACAGUUUUGGAUAAGUCAAUACCGUCACCUCAUGAAAUAUCUAUGAAUACUUCAGAAGAACUUGCACAACAGAAAAUAACUGAAAACUUGUUAAAAGGUGUACAGAAAGUCAAUGAAGUACAGUGUGUGGAUGAGAUAAAUCAUGCAAAUGUUAUGAAGUGUCCUCUGGAUUAUAUUUAUCCUGCAAAUGGAACCUGUCAUUCCUCUCAUUAUGAACGAACUAGUAGUCAGUCUACGCAAACGUCUGAGGAUGAAAGUGUUUCCAAGACCGAUGACUCGUCAUCAACAAAAGAUAUGAUGACACAAAACUACAAUAAUGAUGAUUACACUAGCAAUGGGAAACAAUCUGACAGUUCUGAACGCAGGCAUUCCAAUGUUAUCAGACAACUGUUUCCACUGGAUAGUAGAACAACGCAUCUACCAGUGCCGGAUAAUACCUUGUAUACAGAAAAUCAUAUUCGUGCAGCCACAAUAAUAAAUGCGUAUGCUAGAGGUUACUUGGUACGUAGAUUGAUGAAAACGGAGAAUGUCAUUGCUUUAAAAAAUACUUACAAGGAAGCACUGCAUUGUAUGCUUAAGUUACACGUGGAUGCACCGCUGAAUUUGCCGGAACUUAAUUUCCAUCAACGCCUUCAAUUGCAGUGUGAUGCAGCUUCGAUGAACAUAGUGGAACUGUUUGCACAAUGUCCUUCAAAGAAGAUGCAAGUGAUAGCACAUGAUCGUGAAAUCAAGAAAUCUCGAUCAGAACGACCAAGUUCGGCAAGAUCAUUUUCCUUCGCAACGCAGCGGACGCUCGCAAGAAAAAAACUUAAGGAAUUGGGAGAAUAUCAAACACCUCCAGUGAGUCGGCCAACUUCAUCAAGGACGAGAUGCCAAACUUGGGCUUCACAAACGAGGGAGAAGCGUUCGCCUAAUAUAUUACUAUCCGCGAUGCGAACAAAGAAUAAAUUGUUCCAGAUCAAGGUAUAAAGAGAAGUACCAGUGUAGGAACGGUGCGCAAGCCAUGGCGAUAAAAAAAGACACUAAAGUGCCUUUCACAGUUUGAUCUAAGUCAGCAAUUUGUACAAAUUUUACUGCGGUUAAUACGAGAAAAAAAAAUAUUAAGGAGUUUCACCUAGUGCCUGAUACGUAUAAUUUUUAAUAAAUUUAUUUAGUAUAUAUUCGUUAAGAAUAAACAGUGAAAGGUGCACUAUUGCAAUCCUGUGAUACAUGAAUUGAAUUCAUGAACACUUUUGUUUAGAUUUGUUAUUGAUCAGUUUUACAACGAGAGCAAUAACCGUACGAAUAAUUGUUUCUGAAAACUAUUGCAAUAAAUGAGUAUGCAUCAUGAAUAGAAAGGCUUUAAGCUAGUGCAUACGGAAAAACAUAAGAACAAUAUAAACGCCACAAGGAUACAUGAUGUGCCAUUGCUAAUACAAGAAUAGGUUGCUUUUGCGAUUGAAAUGAAACAACUAUUGUUAUGUCAAUGGUUAUUUAUUAAUAAUUACUGUUUAAGAUUUUAAGCACUAAGUUUCAGUUUUCCAUGGUAUAAAUGAACAAUUAAUUUAUUAUCAGUACAUUGUAAAUUCAUAAAUUUUGUUUUGUUCCAUUAGUUGUGAAUUAUUUAUAAGGGUAAAUGUUUUUAAUGUUACAUAUUUUUGUAUUUAUGAAUCUCGUAUCUAUUUUGCAGUGUAUUUUCAAAACAAAAAUUUUUAAUCACAUAUGUGCUAAUUGUAGAUUGUUACAUUUAAUAUCAAUUAAGCUUCCAAGCAACAAUAUAUAAUAUUUGUAUCGAUUAGAUCUAUACUAUCAAAUGCAAGAUAUUUUUCUUUUAUUUGGUGUACGUAAAACUUUUUAUUAGCUAUUCAUAUUAAGUACUAGUAUUACAAGAAUUAGUUUAUGAUAUUUUUAUGCAAGAACGGAUUUGUAAAUUACAUAAGAAUUUUUUAUUUUACAUUAAUUGUAUAUCAAUAGAAGUUUAAGUCAAGUGCUUGCCAUUAGUGAAAGAUCUGCUCUAAUGAGAAAAUUAGAAUUAGAUACGGAUUUCUUUUUGGAAAGCAUCAGAAUUUAUGUUAUCGAGGAUUGAUUAUAAUUAGGAAAUAAAUUCAUUUGAAGUAUGAAAUA